AGCUGCCACCUGCGCGGUUUCAGCACUCAGCUGCCGCCUAUGGAACUAAGUUGUAUGUGCAUGGUGGUUUGGGAAAUGACAAAGGCUGCCUUCAUCAGUUGUGGGCUAUUGAUUUGUCAGGCAGUCCAGAAGGUGUCUACAGUCAUCGGAUAGACUUUCAAGUAAAUGCAGAAGAUCUCAUUGUUCGUCUCCUCAUUGAUACACAACAACUAAUUUCAGUGGGUCUGAUGAAGCCUGGAUGUGAAGAUGUUCUGUUUUUUAAUGGUAAGACUGCUGAGAUGCUUCCAUACUACAUAGUUGGAUGCAAUACGGUUCGGACAUUAUUUUACUUGAGGACUAAGCCAUCAACACCAGAAAGGAUGACUCGGACAACAGGAGACCCCUCAGCUGAAAGAUUUUCAACCGUUGUCAUGCGUUUUGGUAACACGGAUGCUGAAAUAGGUACCAAUGGGAAAGAUGUGUUUGAGAUUUUUGAUAGCUUCGAGGACAUACAGAAUGCCACAAACGAUAAAAGGGCAUUGACGAAUGAGAAUGCCUUAAGCCAGCAACAUAUCUCUAUAAGUCAUGAAUGGAAAGCAGUAAUUGCCCAUGCUGAUGCCUCACUGGACCACCCAUACAGUAGGUGCAGUAGAACUAGCUUUCCAAACUCCGUGAUCAGUCCUGUGGACGUCUAUAUUCCUUGCAAAGGAACAGUAGCUGUUGAUGGUCUUGCAAGCCUGGGUGUUGCUGACCUUCCAAAAGGGCUGGAGGCACAUUUAAUCCGUGAAAUUCAGACUCCUCCAACACACUCUGACACCUUCAUUGCUAGGGCAUUCCUGUAUGAUACUAAUACUGGAGUAGCAGAGAAUGCACAUUUGUUUGGCCUUCAGUCAAUAAACUGCCAUUCUGUAUACAUUGGGGUCUCAGUUAAUCAUUCGAACAUGUUCUAUGUUCUGAAAAAUAGAGAUGGGGAAAUUAUUUCAACGUCCAUUCGAAGGAGAGCAAGCUGGGUUGACCUGGAGAUCAUGGGGCAUGGCACAGACGGCAUAAGAAUCCAUAUCAAUGGAACUGAGGUUUAUAGAGAUGUUGUUUCAUUUAUGCCAACACAUAUUAUCAUCUACACCGGUGCUGGCAGUCACUUAGCAUUUUGGGAUAGCAUUGCAUUCACAAGUGGUUGGCCAACUGGGGAUGCACAUUUGAAGACAGAAAGUGCUACUGAUUCUCUGCUGCUUAAGCGGGAGUCAUGGGGAAACACAGUUCGCUGGACAAAAGUUCAACAAACUGGCCUACAACCACCAUGCCGCUCGGGCCAUAGAGCCAUUGCAAACACUGGUGGCUUGAUCAUGUUUGGAGGUGAAUACGGGGAGUUCUUGUCAAGUGAUCUAUGGAGUUCUACUCGGAGACCACGGCAGUGGGAAGAGGAGGAAGCCGCCCGCCAGCAGGAAAUUCAACGCCAGCUGGCAGAGGCAGAGGCAGCACGUCAGCAGGCCGCAGCAGAAGCUGCAGCAGCCGCACGGUUGCAACAGCAGCAGGUCGAGGCAAGUCAAAACCAAGUUCGUUACCAAGCUACAAUGGAGCUCGCCAACGAAGAAGCCACGUACCGGAGGUUACUCCAACAACAGCAUUCUCAAGCAAACGAGGAACAAGAGGAGCUGACCGAGGAUGAGAGAAACAAGGAGGCCACAACAACGCUCAGCGACCGCGUUCAGCAACGACCGGCCGCCGUCGCCAAGGAAUGGAAGAUGCCGAACUUCAAGAUCGAGAAGUUCGAUGACUAUCACAAGACUGAUCCGCUGCAAUGGUGGAUGGUUUUCAACGCGGAGGUGGAUGUACAUCACACUCCAGAACUACGGCGGCUUGACACACUCUACCUCCAAGUCAUCGGAGGGACACAGGCUUUCAUGACCCACAUGGCCGCCACGUUGGAAUGCACCAUUGCUACCCUCCACACCAAGAUUACGUGGGAGGAAUUCGAGAAGAAAUGGAAGACCCGGUUCAUGGGCAACAACGACAAGCGUCACGCCUUGAACAAGAUCUUCCGCAUGUUUCAAGGCCAACAACCUUCACGGGAGUGGCUGACAGAGUGGCAAAGACUCGUUGCCACCCCGGAGUUGAACUUACCGUUCGACGCAAUCCGGGUCGAAUUCUUCGCUCGGUCAUGCGACGCCUUGACAGCUGCUCUCGGCAGCGAAUUCCAGUAUGAGACCUUUGAUGACAUGAUCACAAAGGCAAGGGAGCUCAUACAAGUACCACCUCCGUCGACGGAUGGCGGAGUAGCGGUUGUUGACCUUCGUAACUAUCUUGCGAAGAUCGACCGUGAGCACACAACGCAACGGUACGUCGACAUCGACGCGCCGCUCCUCUACAUCCGCAUUCAGAUCGGAAAGGCGACCUGCAGUGCCUUGAUUGAUUGUGGAGCGUCUCGCAACUACAUCAGCCAAGACUUCAUGGCACGCGCCGGGCUUGGCCCGCGCGUUCGAAGGAAAAGUCAGCCUACACACGUCACGUUGGCCGAUGGUCACACGCCAAAGUCAAUCGACCGAUGCGUUGACUCGGUGCCCGUGUACUUUGCCCCGCUAGCAUGCGAGGCCGGGUCAUUCGACAUAUUGGACACUAAGUUCGAUAUGAUCUUAGGCAUGCCGUGGCUGCAAAGCGAAGACCAUCCGGUGAACUUCUAUCGACGCACCGUUCACGUUCGUGACCGGCGUGGUGAAUUAGUCUCGUAUACGGUGCCACUUCCUCAUCCUUCGAUUGGUUGUCACGUGGUCUCCGCGGCGAGCAUUCGCCAAUCCAUCCAGCGGAAUGGCAUCGAGGAGAUGGACAUAUGUUUUCUUCACGCCCUCCCACCUAGUGAUCAGCCCAAGACGGAUACAUCGGACCCAUGCAUCAUUGAGCUGUUGGACAACUAUGAGGAUGUCUUUCAAGCUCCCGCCGUAGUAAUACCGGAUCGGCCCAUACGCCACGGGAUCAUUAUCGAGGAUAGCGUCGUACCUCCGCGCGGAUGUAUCUAUCGCAUGAGCGAAGAGGAGCUUCAAGUGCUUCGGGCACAACUAGACGACCUCUUGGCCAAGGGCUGGAUUCGCCCUAGCUGUUCGCCAUACGGUGCUCCCGUUCUCUUCGUCCGGAAGAAGAACAAGGACCUUCGUUUGUGCAUCCACUAUCGGAAACUUAACGCGCAAACGAUCAAGAACGCCGGCCCUCUCCCUCAGAUCGAUGAUCUUCUCGAGCGGCUAGGCGACGCCAAGUACUUCUCGAAGCUUGACGUUAAGUCCGGAUACCACCAGAUCGAGAUCCGGCCAAGAGAUCGGUACAAAACCGCAUUCAAGACACGGUAUGGGCACUUUGAGUGGAUCGUUAUGCCUUUCGGUCUAACCAAUGCCCCGGCUACUUUCCAAGUGGCUAUGACGACGGAAUUUCGCGACUUGCUCGACCGCACCGUACUCAUUUACCUUGAUGAUAUCUUGGUUUAUAGCCGGACGCUGGACGAGCACCUCGAGCACCUUCGCGCCGUUUUGGAACGGCUCCGUAUCGCCAAGUACAAGGCGAACCGCGACAAGUGCGAGUUUGCCCAGCAAGAGUUGGAGUACUUAGGCCACUACGUUACGCCGCAAGGCAUUUGCCUUGAUUUUGCUGAUGAUGGCACUGUCGCUGGUCCAUUGCUGCCGGAAGAGGACGUUGUUGCGAUCUUCCCAGAUAAUCCAGAUAAUGAUGGUGCGGAUCACUUGGGCAACAUAGCCUCUUCCGGUUCGUUGAAACCAGUGCCAAGUCACAGUGCCACGUCAGCAGUGCCACGUCAGCAGUGCCAUGUCACAGUGCCAGAUCAGCAAUGCCACGUCAGCAGUGCCACGUCAGCAGUGCCACGUCAGCAGUGCCACGUCAGCAGUGCAAGGUCACAUUGCCACGUCAGACACAGUGCCACGUCAGCAGUGACGUCCGACACAGUGCCACGUCAGCAGUGCCACGUCAGCAGUGCCACGUCAGCAUUACCACGUCAGACACAGUGCCACGUCAGCAGUGCCACAUCAGCAGUGCCACGUAAUCAGCAGUGCCACGUCAGCAACAUGAUGGGCCUGCCAGGCCAACUGGCCAAUGAGACCAUUGCCGCCUACAAGCAGAAUUGCCUGGCUCAGAUAGAGGCUGAGGAACAACGCCUGCUGGCAGUCGAGGAUGCCUGCGUACAGGCUGAAGAGGCAGCAGCAGCAGAGAAGCUGCGGCUACAGGCCGAUGCAGACGCAGAUUCCCAGGCUUGCCUCAAGGAAGCCCAGGAUCUGCUACAGCGGCAUGAAGCCACAAGCAUCGACAGACUCAAGUUCUGGCAUUUUGAACCAAACGGCGAAGAGGCAACACCGGAAGAGCAGCAUAAGGAGUUCCUCUCCAAACUCGUGAUACGGUUGCUCUGCAGUCGACGGAACGCAGAUGGCAAUCAGAAGAUGCCAACUUUCCAACUGGAAAAGUUCGACGACUACACGCAUCAGGAUCCGACCCUCUGGUGGGAGGCAUUCACGACGCAACUCAGGAUUCUGCCUGUCGCUAAGCACAAGUACAUCGGCGCCCUGUUCCUAAACUCAAAGGGCGGAUGCCAGACCUGGUUGACCCACCUGGCAACCUCCCACGGCGUCGACGUACCGGACCUCAAGGACAAGAUCACAUGGGAAGAACUGACACGGCUGUGGAAGAAGCGGUUCAUCGUCGACGACGCGCCGACACUCGCCAUCAACCGUUUGUUCACCAUGUCACUGGGCAACACAGCAACACGGGAUUGGCUCACAGAGUGGCAGAAGAUUGCGGCAGUGCCCAAUCUGGACCUGCCUUUCACUCAUCUCAGGCGUGAGUUCUACAACAGGUCCUGUGCUGCAUUGAGCCAGGCUCUUGGUGAUCGCGAGCAGUACGCCACCUUCGCCGAGAUUAUCGACAAGGCGCGAGAGAUCAUCAAGACCAACAGGUCAGCUGCACACGAGAAAUCAACAUCAUGGCAGGCGACCUAUGUGGAGAAGGUACGAACUGGUCCGCGACAGCAGCACUUCACUGCAGUCCAGCAGGACAGUGGGGAUAACCCAGCAGCCACUCCAGCAUCAAGUGACGAAGAUCAGGUGGCUGCUGUCCAGCCGCGAAGCACCAACAAGUCCCGCAACAAUGGGAAGGCGAAAUCCGCAUCGCAGGCCAAAAAUGGACAGCCAGGACAGUUUCCAUGGGUCAAGUUUGGCUUGACCGAGGCAGAGUACAAAGUCCGCGGCCGCUACGGCAGCUGCUAUUGGUGCAACGGCACCAAGCACAAGACCUCCCUAAUUGAUGAGCUCGACCCGUUGACGUUCACGGACUUCCAGUGGAUGCCCGUUCCCUCGACCGGACGAUUGUCGAAACCGCAUUGCAAUGUGCUUAUGGCACAAUUGCGGGACUACUUGCACACUGCAGUACCAGCUCCGUUGAUGGACGCCGGAGCAGAGGUUGUCGACCUUCACGUUUACAUCGCGAAGAUCGACCGCGAGUUCAAGACGCAACGGUACGACGACAUCGACGCACCAUUGCUAUACGUACGCAUUCAAAUCGGAGAGGCGACCUGCAGUGCCUUGAUCGAUUGCGGAGCAUCUCGCAACUACAUCAGCCAGGACUUCAUGGUACGUGCCGGCCUUGGCCCACGUGUCCGGAGGAAGUCCCAGCCUAAGCAAGUCACUCUGGCAGACGGUCAUACGCACAAGUCCAUCGACCGGUGCAUUGACGCCGUCCCAGUGUACUUUGCCCCUCACGCAAGUGAGGCGGUGUCCUUUGACAUUCUGGACACCAAAUUCGACAUGAUCUUGGGCAUGUCAUGGCUGUUCAGUUUUGAGAACAAUACAUGGACGGACUUAAGUCCUCUGUCUGAACUCAAGAGUGCUCCUGCUGCACGGAAGGAGCACACAUUGGCUGGGGUGCAAGGGGAUCUGAUAUUGUUCGGGGGGAGGAACAAGAACGGUUAUCCUCUUGAAGACAUCUGGGAAUACAAUUAUGGUACGCAUUGGACCAGCCCCAAUGGCGAAGUCUGGGGCAUCAGUGGUGACGAAGAAAUGGCGAGUGGGGUCAACAAUCUUGAGGACGGGGGCGGUGGUGAUGAGUUGCUUGAGUUUGUCGAAAGCGGCUUGGCGGCGUUCAGUUCAUGUGAAGGACUCGGUGGCGCGGGUGAGCUCAUGGAGAAGGUAGGAGACGUCGGAGAAGUUUUGAAUGAAGGGGCGGAUGGAGAGAACUUUGCGAAGGUGUUCGAGGUGGGAUUCGAAGGUGGGGCUAAAGAUGAGGAUAUCAUCAAGGUAGAUCACGACACGGACUUUGAGGAGGCCGCGAAAGAUGUGAUUCAUGGUAGAUUGGAAUGUGGCGGGGGCAUUGGUGAGUCUGAAGGGCAUCACAAGGAACUUGUAGUGCCCGAAGCGAGAGCGAAAGGCGGUCUUGUGGGUGUCCUCCUCGUGGAUGCGGAUCUGGUGGAAGCCACUGUGGAGAUCAAUCUUGGUGAAAUACUUGGCUCCACGGAGGCGAUCAAGAAGCUCGGAUAUGCGAGGGAGUGGGUACUUGUUCUUGAUCGUGAUCCGGUUCAGGGCACGAUAGUUUGUGCACAUGCGGAGUUCCGAGGUGCCGUUCUUCUUAACGAAGAGACAACUGGUUCCGAAGGGGGAGGAGCUAGGCUUAAUGAAUCCUUUCUCAAGGAGUUCAUUAAGUUGUCGCUUCAUCUCUUCGGCCUCGGGAACGGAGAGCUGGUACGGGGGGCGACAAGGAGGAUAGUGGCCGGGCCUGAGAUCAAUGGUGUGGGAUACACCUUGGGGAUAGUUGAGGUGAUAGUGGAGGUGGCUAAGAGGGGUUUUGAUUGGGGGGGGAUGGUUGAUGACUGUGUGACGGCGGGAGUUUUCGCCUUGCGCGAGAGGGGAUGUGGAGUGGCCACAGUGGAGGUAGUGGUGGAUGAAGAUGGCGGUGAUGUUGAUGUGGAGGUUGAAGCGGAUGCUUGUUCGGAGGAGGGGGUGGUUUGGGGUGUGGAGGAGGAGGGUGUGGUCGUGGUGACGACCGUGAUGGCGGGGGUGUUUCCCUCGAGCAUGGUGACACGGUCGGAGAUGGCGGCCAUGGUGGUGUUGAUGGUGUCAAGGGAGGAUUGGAGGGCGGUCAACGUUCGGAGGAAAGUUGCGAGUUCCGGGGUGGCGGUGGUCGAAGUUGGCGGAUUGCCUGCGAGUUCACGGGCAAUGCUGUCGACGGAGUCGGAGCGAAGAUCAGACAUGUUGAUGGAUGAUUGAGCCAUGUUGGGGGAAGAGGGGGUGGAGGACGCGGCCGGACAGAUGUGGAGGAUGCAGCAGCAGCAGUGGCGGCGGCACCAGCAGCGGCGUCGGCGGCAACGCGUUGGGAGUUCUUGGUUUGGCGUGGUGGCAUGUGGGGAUGGGGGACACAAUUUCUUUAUCAAUAAAUUCAGAAUAAGGAUAAUUGUCGAGAUUUCGAAGGGAAUAAGGUUGGGGGGGAAGGGAAUGUGGGAAUUAAUUUUGAGUAAAUAAAUUUAUUCCGA